GAUUCCUCGGGGGUGUCGCUGUAGAGGGGAAGGAGCAGCCCGGAGAGGAGCACCGACCUCUGGUCCCCGGCCCUGUAGAGCAACCAUGUCUGCGGUGGUGAUUGAGAAGGCGGAGAGGCUGGCCUUGGGAGAGGUGUACGUCUCAGACCGAGAAGGAUGUGACUCCACAGGAGACGGGACGAAGGAGAAGCCAUUCAAAACAGCUCUGAAGGCUUCAGCCGGCCAAUAUCGUCUUGAAGCAUUUCAGGAAGCGCAGUCCGGGACUCCCACUAGGAAAGCUGGGCGUAGGGAGACGAACUCCGCUUCAGAGAGGGCGACCGCUGGUCGCUCCGGCUGUUUCCAACUUUGGCCGACGGCCGACGAAUGGGCCCGGGUCGGUUCCCGUUCAGGCUGUGCCGGUGAUGCGGGCGAGGUGUUAGAUUCGUGGGUUAGCGACAGUCUUGGUGACAAGGGAGAGGCCAGCCGGAAGGGUUUGGACGACGUGGUCCUCAGUCGGCGACUCAUAGAGCAGCAGAAACGGAACAAGGAUGGUGGUCAUUUCGAGUUGGUGGGUGAUGAUCGCAAAGAGAGCAACACCUGGGGUUCUCGGGUGUCCGGGGGUGGUCUUGCUGGCGCAGUGGCGCUGGGAGCCUGGCUGGUAGUCGCCAUGGCGUCUCCCCAGGUGUUCGGGUCUUUGGGCGUUGGCGACGGCGUUCCUGCUGGGUUGCCAGGCGCUGGGAAACCAUCUCGCCAAAUGGGUUUCAUUAUUAAAGGCACCCUCAUCGCGCUGCUUGCCACCACCACUUCGAGCCCUAUCCUGACGGUGCUGCGUGAAGGAGGAUCCGAUGUCCUGGCGGCCUUAAGCGUGGCCGACGGUUCGGGAUUUUUGCUGAGCCCCGCUGAAUUACUCUACGUCGUUCCGUGGAAGCGUUUAUCUACGAAAGCGCAUGAGGAAACUCGUUUUGGGCCUCCUCGCUUUAUCUGCCUGCCUCUUGAGCGCUUCCUGGAGCUCUUGUUCUGGAAAUUCAGCGCCCAGGGCUCUUGGGGACCGUCCGCAGACGUCCUAGCUGCCAAGCCGGGUUGGCGCCGGAACGCUGACCUGGCCGCUCAAGAUUCGGGGUCUCAGUUUUCCUCCUUUCUUUCACUUGACACUGGAGAAAGAGAAAGGGGGGAUAUGAAUCCAAACUCUUCUUCUUCUUCUUCUUCUUCUUCUCCCACUAAAACCCCACAGGCUCCCGGAGGUCAUGAGCUGUCCUGCGAUUACUGGGAGCUCGUGGGCCUGGCUCCGGCCGGCGGAGUUGAUAACUUGCUCAACGAAGAGUCGGAUGUGGACGUGCAGCUGAACAACCGGCACAUGAUGAUUCGUGGGGACACCCUGACCAAAAUCUUGAAGGUGCGCUCCACGGUCGUCCAGUGCUUCCGGGACCACUUCUUCGACCGGGGCUAUUUUGAAGUCACCCCACCAACACUGGUCCAAACACAGGUAGAAGGAGGCUCGACUCUCUUCAAACUGGACUACUUUGGGGAAGAGGCGUAUUUGACGCAGUCGUCCCAGCUGUACCUGGAGACCUGCAUUCCUUCUUUGGGAGACUCGUUUUGCAUCGCUCAGUCAUAUCGAGCAGAGCAGUCUCGCACCCGCAGACACCUGGCUGAAUACACACACAUUGAAGCUGAAUGCCCUUUCAUCACCUACGAAGACCUCUUGGACCGUUUGGAGGAUCUUGUCUGCGACGUAGUGGACCGAGUCUUGAAAUCGCCCGUGUCAGCUUUGGUGUACGAGCUGCACCCAGAAUUUCAGCCCCCCAAGCGACCCUUCAGGCGAAUGAACUAUGCAGAUGCCAUUGUGUGGCUGAAGGAGCACGACGUGAAGAAGGAAGACAGCACCUAUUACGAAUUCGGAGAAGACAUCCCUGAGGCUCCAGAGAGACGCAUGACAGAUGCCAUCAACGAGCCGAUCCUGUUGUGUCGAUUCCCCACUGAGAUUAAGUCCUUCUAUAUGCAGCGCUGUCCUGAGGAUUCUCGCCUGACUGAAUCGGUUGAUGUCUUGAUGCCCAACGUUGGUGAGAUCGUCGGAGGCUCGAUGCGUAUUUGGGACAGUGAAGAGCUGCUGGCCGGCUACAAGAGGGAAGGCAUUGACCCCACACCUUACUACUGGUACACAGACCAGCGUAAGUUUGGCACCUGCCCUCACGGAGGCUACGGUCUGGGCUUGGAAAGGUUUCUGACCUGGAUUCUGAACAGGCACCACAUUCGGGAUGUGUGUCUCUAUCCACGCUUCGUCCAGCGCUGCAAACCCUAGUCGAGAUCUUCUGGGCACGCCGUAGUCUAGCAAAAUGCUGUCCAUCAAUAAUUUAAAAAACGCAUUUCCUCCUCCUACUGUCUGCAUUCAAACAAGAACGAUCAACCUCUUUUUGUUAGAAGAAAAUGUCUUCACUUUACAGUGGUUAUUAAAUUGAUGUCUUGUGACAUUCAGAACUUA